AUGGGUGAAGGGAUUGCUGAUUGCUUACCACUGGCACUACGAUCUGUUGGGGAUGCCAUUAAGCUUGACUCAGACAACAGGAUUAAGGUUUGAGUUUUAACCAAGCUCGCGAAAGAAAUUCAAAAUCACUUACCCGGAUCAAAACACUUUUGAAUAGCCCCCAGUUUGGAGUACUGAGAUGCAGGUUAAAUUUGAUUCAGCUCUGCCUUUUUCUAACAGAUAUCUACGCAAAUGCUCGGUAUUUUUUUGAGCGUUGUUUUUGUUAUACCCGGAAGGUCAUCAUCGAUAUUACCACGGUCUUUCGACGGUGACGUCAUUGCAAACAAGGGAUAACAAUACGGUGGCAAUAAAGUCAUAUCGAGCUUCUCUGGGAUGAGCAGAGUGAUUUGGAAUACAGAGGGAUGAGGGAAAUCCCAGGGUAUAUUUAUUAAAAGCCGUUAACAUUUGGAAGGCCUGUUAAAAAAUCAGGACCCCAUUUGGUGGGUUGGUUUUUGUCAGCACCCUGUAACUGUCCACAUUUCAUUAGCUUCUCCAAAAAAUAAAAAUAUAUAUAUUUAUUCCAAACCUCUUCUAUCAAAAACCAGUCAUCGUUGGGCAGGGGUUAUAGUGCAGAUUUAAAAAAAAAAUAUAACAAUAUUGGAAAGGCUAACCGAAAUUCUACUCCAAUUGGGACCUGUGAUAACUCCCUAAGAAUGGGAAUGUAAUCCAAAGUUUGUAUUUACCCUUUAAAAUCCCAAGAUCUCAUUAGUAACUCUCCUUACUGUCUACCAAAUGAUUCUCAUUAUGUAAGUUUGGAGAAUUUGGUAUUGGAUCAAUUAGUAAUCCCAUAAUUGAUAUUUUUCUUUAUUCCCAUCACUUGUCUGCAUGAUAUUGUAUAGAUAUAGUAAGGAGAAAUUCUGUCUUGGUCACGCAUGGGAGUUAAAGGGUUAAGAUAUCCAAGAUGCAAGAUCACAAAACUUAAUAAAUUACUUUUGGUUAAUUUAUGCAUUUGUCACAUGUUACAGUCAUCCACAUAAAUCCUUUAACAUCAAAGGCAUGAGGAUUUUGUUGGCAGAUGUAUAUUCAGUACUUCUGACAUGAUUUUAUACUGCAUUCAUUUUUAAACCAGGAGGCAUACUGUCAGUAUCUUAGUUGCAUCAUCUAUAUAUCACAAGUUCUUAAGGAUGAUGCUUGGGACAAAGGUAUAUCCUAAGUCUCUAUUUUACUUAACAUCUAAGUGAUAAGUUAAAGAAAAGAUCUGCACUCUACUCUCACUGUCACAAUUUUCUAAAUAAAAUCAAUUCUGGAGAAAAAGAAGUUAAAGUUAAUUUCUGUACUUGCCAUAAAGAUAAUAGUGUUUUCCAUUAAGGAUUUUCAAUGACCGUUUAUGGGUCUGGAGGAAGUUCAAUGACUGUUUAUAAGUCUGGAGGGAGUGGAGAGUAAUCAAUGAAUAUUAAUUUUGGCUGUAAUGACUGUUAACAGAUCUUUGCAUGUUGAGGUCAUUAAUGCUCUAGAAAUCUUGAAAAGUUUUCUUCCAGUUUAUUCACCCAAAGAAAAAAACUACACUUUAGGAUUAAGGUUACAGAGUGGAGAAGGAGAGGCAAAAUUUGCCACCAGCUAGGAAAAGAUAAGUUAACAAAAUAUUCUACCACCAAUUGAAAAACAUAUUGACUUUAAGAUUUUAUUUUAAUAUUUACAUCCAUUGUGCCUCUGAAUUACUGUAGACCUCCAAUUGGUGUACAACAGGGACUCAGCCAAGUUAUUCCAUAUGCUUCAGCAAUGUCAGGAGAGAGCUCUGACAAUAAUAUCUUCUUUAGGUAAGAUUACAAUAUUGUAAGCAAUUUUGAAGACUCAGUGCAAAAGAACCAAGUAUAGUUUUGAUAUGGUACAAUUGUGGCUUCUUAGAUGUCUUGAAAUAAAGAUGAAUAUUUUUUGAAAAUAAUUCUGAAAAUAAAUUUCAUCACUCAUCAACAUGUCCUUGAUGCUUGUCAUUCCUUCAGCAAAUAACACUUCAACAAGUCAAACACCCCCUACUAAUCAAAUACCUCAGCAUCUUCACCCUUCAUCUGAAGGUGUGCCACAUCGCUAUUCUGACAGUCAAGUUCCAAUUCCUGGCCAAUCACCACAGCAUCAACUGGCACCACAAGAUGCGACUAUUCGUAAGCUGUCUGACACAAAUUCUCCAGCAGCAACUUUGGCAAAACCCACAGCUGAUGGACACCUUUAUCUACCAUCACCCCCUGGAUCUCCAUUGCCUCGUCAUCGUCGGUGGGUACUCAAUAUUUGAAACUGAUUUUCAGUCUUAAUUCCAGAAACAUUUUCUAGAGAACUGUGGUUUUAAUUGUUAUUAGUUUCAAGUUAAGUACAAAAGAAAUAAUUUUCAUCGAUUCUCCAAACACUUAGCCAAGUGAUCAUGACAAAUAAUUUAGUUGGUCCGUUCAACCUUCGGACCAAAUAAAAGAUGAAACUGGUCUGAGUAGAAGUAGUGGAAAGUUGUAACAAUUUUGUCUUCACUCCAGAUUUUUCUUGUGGUUCAGCAAUUGAAAAUUGCUGGCUUUUAUUUUGUGGCAAAAAGAAUAGGGAGAGUGACAUCAGUCUAUUGUUUGAUAAAUGAUAACCAUAUCAACCUCCAUUUUAGUAAAUUGGGCCACUCAAUAUUAUGUACGAAAGUCAGAAGGCUUUAUAGAAACAGUUGCCGUUCACUACAAUUGUAUACUGUACAUGUUUGAUUUAUGAUUCUCUUAUCCCUAGAACUGGUAGCAAUGAUCCUUUGGAGAAAGCUUACACAGAAAAUAAACAGUUAAUACAAGCAUACAGGACAAGAAUGCAAAAUGCAAACAAGGGGGGAACAAACAAGGAUAUGAUUUCCCGCGUAUGAUAACUCCAAUAAUUAUUAUGUCAUAAAUCCCAUUCUAAAAUGGUUACAAUUUAUCAUUUUCCUACAUUUCUAUUUAAAUGUUCUCCUGGCCUUGAUCCCAUCUGCUAAAUUCAAAACAUUCCCUCACAAGAAAGGAAAAUCCAAAUGAUAAGAUAAACCACUACCAUAUUCCCCUCAGCUUUCACUGGAAAAAUUUACAAGUUGACUUUUACAUGGAGGAUUCACUCAACUAUGGGGGAGCUCAAGAAAGAGAUAUUUGCUUUGUUUCUGUGAUACUCUGAGAAGAAUCAGAAUAGUUGGUAGAUAUAACAUAUAUUAUCAUUUAUUUGAGACCUUAAUGAUAUACUUAGCAAGUCAGUAAAGCAUUCUGGGCUCCCAAAGUGGUGUUAACCCUUGGACUCCUAAGAGUCAAUAUCACCCCCUGAAUCACACAUUGUGGUCAUGAGAAUAAAGGAAAUGAUCACCAACUAUAUACUGAAGCUCUUGAUUGUUAAACAAAUUCUCCUCAUUACCUCAGGAGUUGUGUACAGAACAGUAUGAAGAAUAUGCAUACUGAUGUUGGGGUGUAAAGGAUGAAUGUUAUGUUAUCAUGUGGCACUCUGAUUGAAAAUUUAUUGUUGGGAUGAUGUGACCCUCUACUGAAGUGUGAAUAUUCUUGAAUGCAAAUCAUCCAGGCUUUCAAAUACCUAUAUUAGUAUUUUUGAAAUCUAUAUUAUUUUCUCUCUGAAGUUUGGUAUUCAAGCUUCAGCAGGUACUCCUUGAUAGCAUGCAAAAUAAUAUUUUUAGUAAUUGUUUGAUACUGGAUUCUAGACCACAAUUCUACGAAGUAUACAGGGGUAAUGAGACUGCAGUUCUCAUGUACUUUUUUACUGUUUUGCAGAAUCUCAGUUUAAUGCGAAGGAUGUCAGAAAACCUUGCCAUUGCAAAGGCCAGAGAGCAAGCUGUAUCCUUUGUCCAUUUUUAAUUUUAUCUGUACUUUUUGUGGCAAAAUCAAAGUCAUUUAUUGAUAGCACAUAAUGAAAUAUGCACUUUACCAUUGAUAAUGCUGUAAUUUUAAUGUAACAUAUAACUUUAACUUCAAGAUAAGACAAAGCAAAAAUUGUUGGAGCGACAACGAAGAUUGCAAGAGGAAACAAACAGGUGAGAAAGUGAUGAACAGGUACCCUUUCGUACGAGUGAUUAUCAUCUAAUUUCUCCCAACAAUAUGCCCACUGAAUCAAACAUUUAGGUCAUGAGAAUAAAAAAAAUUAUUGCCAGCUUCAGUGGUUCUUGAUCGUUAAACAUUUUCUCCUAAUCAUAUCAUAUAAAACUCACAGAGAACAGUGUGGAGAAUGUGCAAACUGACCUUCGGUUGCAAAGGGUUAAUGCCUUCUUCAGUAACAGCCUGAUUGUGUUCGUCAUGUAAUUAAGUCAUUGAUGUGUUACAGACGUUUUGGCCCUGCAGUGUAUUCUACCAAGGAACAGCAAGAACAGCGUAUUAUUUACACAAAGAUUUUGGAGUUUGAACAAGAGACCGUAAGUUGGAAAGCAUGUAUCACCAUAUUUGAAUGCAUGGAUGGAAGUGUACUUCAUUUAUAUUAAAUACUCCAAAAAUUUACAUCUCGUUUACUGAAUAUUGUAUAUAAAGUGACACCUUUUCCGGUGCGCUUAUUUAUCAUUGCAAUGUGUGAAGUAGGUUUUCCACUAAGACUUGCAGCAUAACUGAAAAAGCCUCUCAAGAGAAUUCAAGAUGCAACUGGUUAUUUUAUGUUUCAGUUUUUUUUCGCCUGUAUCUUCGAUUUCACGUGUCUUAAUAUGUAGAGAUAAGUAGCUAUUGUAUAUUUCAUCAUUUUGAAGGUGUGGCCGAACCUCUUACGGAAUAAAUUGAAACUUUCGCCAGAAGAUUCCAAGUUGAUCAAGGAAAUAAUAGCUAAGAUUUUCAGGUGAGACUUAAAACUCUUUAGUUUAUUAUACAUAUUGUCAAGUUAAUUAAGCAUUAAACCGCACUUUCCAUUGGUUUACCGGAGUAAUAACUAGGCGGGACGUUGGGAGAACACGAGUUUGUAAAUCACGAGCCAGAGGCGAGUGAUUUGCAAAGUCUUUGAACUGAUGAUAGGUUUUGACCAAUCAGGGCGUACGCAUUAUCUUAGUUAUCACAAGACUCAGAAAACUAAGGGCAUCUGGUCAUCUCUUCAACACGGUAUAUUUUAUCCACAAAAAACCUGGUUAAGAAAUAAAAAUUGGCUUACACUUGCUGUACAAUAAGUUCUGCAAUAUGACAUUGAAACUAGCUUAUUUUUUCCAUCAUACAGCUCAUCGGAUCAUCCUCUUACCCAGUUUCUCCUCCAGUAUCAGUAUUACGUUUACCGGAAACUGGCACCUCUUGUGAAGGAUGUGGGAUUUCCUGAUGUAAAAAGCGGAAGAAUAGCUACCAGCGAAGGAACUGGUACAGUUAUAAAGGAAUCUCACUCUGACGAGCACGUAAAGAAAUCGACAAUCAUCGAUGAUGAACAAAACCGAGGGAAAAACCUUAACACGCUAACUAAUGCUGGAGGUAAUUUUGAAGGUCACUUUUCAUCUGAGACUAAUAUUGAGGAAAGUUUGAAAGGUACGAAAGAAAUUGUGAAAGGCACCGCUGAGGAAAAGGAACAUGAAACAGUCGAAAUUCAUGAUGCAGCGUUCGUAAAGAAUACUAGAGAUGGUGGUAGUGUAGAAAAAGGAAAGGACGGUGAUAGCGAAUGCGCGAGCUCUGGAACUGAUUUAGCGAAACUCAAAAAUCUUCUUGGAGAUGAUCUUCAGUCGGAAGUCUCUGACACUGAUACUUCGCAGCCUACUGCUGUUGCGACAUCAGGUGAUGCGGCAUCACUGGAGACUUAUUUUGAGGAGCUAGAGGACGAUAUGUUUGGCUGGGAUAGCAACGAAGAUGAAAGUACAGACACGUACUUUGAAACUGUUGAUGGAAGGAACACACAGACAACGGCAGAUGAAAAGACUUGCAGUGAACUUAAAGAAAAUACGAGUCAAAAUGGGGAAGAGGAUGCAUCCCAUACUGUCGCGAGAUCUGUUACGGAACACAGUCAGGCAGACUCUUCAGAAGUCUGCGCAGAUACUCCUUCACAACUCAGCGUGGACUCGCUCAGCGUUGAGUUGUCAAUAGCAAGUAAAAUCGGUAAAACCAGCCAAGACCAACCAAGAGACGAUACAAAUCCGUUUGAAGCAGAUGAGUUUAUUUCAAACCAAAAAGUUGGGGGUAAUGAAGAAGAGACAGCAAGAAACAACACCAACGGGGAAAGUCAACAACCGCACAAUAGUCUGAAGCCGCCAGGACAGGUUGGUGAGGAACAGAUUGCUAGUAAUAACACCCAAGGGGACGGAGAUAUCCAACAAUCAGUGGAAAGUUUAAACGAAGGAGAACAGGUUGGUGAAGAACAGAUAGCUAUUAUUGACAUCCACAAUGAUGGAGAAAUCCCGAGACCAGUAGAGAAGUCAAAUAAGUAUGAUACUACAAGUGAAGUCCCAUUUGAUCAGGCAAACGGUGGAGAUGAGGGGAACACACAAACACCUCGGCUGUCUGGGUUUGUUAGUGAACGAAGUGGCAAGGAGGAAAAUGGUAGCACAACUCCUACUACAACUGCAUCUGACGAAAGGAGGAAACAAUUGAAGGACGUUUUGGUGGAUGUGAGAUUUUUUCUUGGUAUGUUUGUGCAGCAAACACUCAUUUAAUCAUAACCAAAAGCCAUGUAUGAUUUAGACCUUACUCAAAUACAUGUGGUUGGUUAUAAAAAUGCGUAAUCAUCAUGCAAUUGUUCGUCCCCUAGCUAUACCACAAGCGAGAAGCCAGAAAACUGUUCAUAUACAGUGCUCUUGACCAUACAAUUUAAAAGAAACUGUCUUUUUCGUUUACUCUUAUCGAUGUAUUGCAUCGUUUACAUGUUUAUUUUAAGGUCCCUUUGUAAUUCAAGGUGUAAAAGGUAAAGGUAAAUUAUUAAUAUUAAUCGUAAAAAGAUCCAACUCUUGUCAUGUUAUGUUAUCUUCCAGAAAAUCUUCAGAAAUUAUUAAUCCUUGCCUAUGAACAACUGGAUACACCAGCCAGCCGAGAUCUUUGUUACUCCUAUUUGGAAUUCCCUUUCUUUAAACCUUUGUGGCCUAUGUUGUUGGCUGUGCUCAGGUAAGAAGAACUAUGCAACGUGGACGUUACCACCGCACUUAGUCUGGUGUUCUGUCCACAAUGGAAAUCAAAAGCAAAAAAUGAAUUUACGUGAAGUUUACUAUUUGUUUUGUGGAAUGUCUCAAGGCGUAGUUUGCUCUCCAGAUCUUUGUUGUUUUAUUUAUCAUGUGUUCUGCGCCUCCUUUUUUUUUUAAUACUUCCAUACUUUUUUCAUCCAACAGACAAAUUAAUCACGAGAAGGAACUCACACUGGCGGACGUGAUGUCGGAGAACAUCACGAAGGAUCCGGUAGAUUUAGGCGUGCCACAAAGACUGUGUUUGGAGGAUCAGGUACUGUAUAUCUGUGAAUGGAUUUCGUAAAUUUCUGCCAAAACUAUAUUUUAAGAAGAUGAUGAGAGGGGCUAACCAGAUUUUAAUAGAAUGUGACUAAUUACUGGAGUAGACAUAUCAGUAAACAAAGUUGUCGACUUGGUCAUCAGUAAAGUGAGGAAUAUAAAACGACAACAUGCAGUGCUUUGCGUGAGAGGGAUGGCGCAGUGACCGAGUGAGCUCUCUUCCCACCGCUGUGGCCAGGAUUCGAUUUCCGCACCUAACAUGUAAUUUAAGUAUGUUGUUGGUCUGAGGAUUUUUAUCCGGGUAUUCCUUGCUCGCUUUCCACCAAAAGUUACGCUUCAAAUUCAAAAAUAGACCUGGAAAACAGUAACAAAGAGCCAACACUUGAAUGGCCUCAGCUAAAUUCCUAUAUAUUAUUUGUUUAUUCAUUUGAAGAAGACUUUCUAGCACUUUAAGCUAGUGUUAUGAAAACACAAGGCAUAGUUUGUUUUGGGUAGAAGUAUUGUUAUGAUAUUUAAACUUGUACGUCUUUUAGGCCGUUUUGGGCGCAACAGGAAACAAGUAUCCAUAUCAGAUGGCGGUAGAUGAACUUCAUAAAGUUGCUUCGCUGUAUUGUCCGUUGGAGAAACUAGAGUGCUUAGGUAUUCAAAAGGCGCAUAUUUUUUGUUUCUUUUUUUAGCUGGUAGUAUUUAAAUUGCUUUUUCUGGUUUUAAUGGAUUGUGUUUUAUUCUCUCUUGAAUUUUUCGUUAGAGAUAAUGGAACUCUUAUUUAUCUGUCCACAGUUCGAACGUCGCGCUGCGUCUGUCAGUGUGUUGAGGAUUACUGGGAGACGAAAGGAAAGUCGCGUCACUGCCCAGAGACAGCCAUGUAUGUAAUCUCUGUCUCCCUUGCUUCAAUCUCAGUUUACUUAGACGCAUGACUGAAGAAAAUAUUAUUUCCUAUAAAGCGCUUCUCUUCUCCGCCUAGCGCUCAACACUUCAGAAAUAGAAAAAAGUUAUUUCAGUUAGAUUUGCGGGCGACACUAGGACGAAACCCAUUGGCCUGUCGGGUUAUUCUUUGCGAAAAAAAAAUUCUUACGGUAAGUUUAGCUGAGUGAACUUACGUCUUAGUUCCCUCUGCGAAAAAAAUAAUUCCUCGCAGGAAGUCUUGCUAAGCCAACAUAUUAAAUCCAAAUGACUUAUGACGUAUGGAAAUUCUAUUUUAUCCACAGUGGAUGUGAUGAUUUGUUGCCCAUUCUUAGUUUUGUCAUUAUUCGAAGCGGAAUGGCGCAGCUGAUCUCUGAGUGUGAUGCUAUGGAGGAAUUUAUACCCGAGGGGUGAGUACGAGGGACCUUCAACUACCUCAGGGCUAAUGAAUUAACGGGGGAAGUUUCUGAAGAAACUGUGAUGCUGUGUCAGUGGGAGAGUAUGACAGUAAUUUGGUGUUAUCAACUGAGUUGUAAACGUAAAUUGUCCGCCGUAAAGGGUUUAAAGGCUGACGUUUCGAGCGUUGGCCCUUCGUCAGAGCGACUGGAGGAAUUGUGGGUUGUGUGUGGAUUUAUAUGCAUAACAUGGAGCUACGCUAUUGGUGGGAAUAUGGUGACGAAAAACAAGAAUACAUUAGUUGAAUGAAAAGCGCUCGUUGAUACCGUGGGGAUUAAUUACCUCAGGGCUAGCCGAUAGACUAUAAGCAGUCCCCCCUUUUCGGCAAAGUCCGUCGUGCAAGUAAAAAAAGAAAAUCAGUAUAAAAGAAAUUGCCAUCCUUGUGUGCCGUGUGGAACUCUGGGAGGAAGGCGUACGCAUGAAAAUCACUCAGCUGUGCAGGGUCUAACUCUCUGACAAAGUCUGUAGUUGCCACUUUCCUCAGGCCUCGCUCUUAGAGCUCUUCUUGGCGCGCGAACAUCAAUUUUUUUUCACUUUUUUUUUUUUUUUAACUCACGCGAGGGACUUUACCGAAGAGUUUACUGGGAGAGUUCUGCCCUAGGAAGAAGGUACUAAUUCACAUCUACAUCCAAGGGAUGAAAGCGAUAAAAAUUUGAAUUUGAACCUUUUAUGUUUAACCAUUUUACCGAUGUGGUUCUUGUUCAGGUAUCUGAUGGGAGAAGAAGGGUACUGCCUCACGACUCUUUUAACAGCCCUUGCGUAUCUGGCCAGCCUGAAGCCAACUUGAAAUGACCGGCCUAAUCACCAAGCAAGGAGAAUAUGAGAGAGCGGGGAUAUAUGACAUCAUAAGGUUCAAGAUAAAGGUUGGAGCUGCAAGCAAUAACGGGCCAAAAAAUCAGUUAAAAUUUGACAGCGAGCCACCACACCGAUCUUUUACUUCAAGUUCAUGUGCUCCAUUUAUUUUCGCUUUGAUCGAAACUCACUAAGUUUUUGGCAACAAUUACCCUUGACUUAGAACUAAGAUGACCAGGCAAAAUUGUCGAAGAACUGAUGUUAGACUUAAUAUAUGACUGUUACAAAAAUAAGAAUAAGGGGCAUUUUUCCACAAUCUGUUAAAAUGAUUAAUAAUGACGUUUCAAAGUUAAAUGUAAGGAAAGUGAAAUUUACUUUUCCCAAUGAAGAUGCGAAUAGUUUUGUAUGUAAUUGAGAAAGUGGAAACAGCAAUGAAUUAAACGUCAACCAC